AUGCACGUCUGCCGUCUCUGGCGCGCGACAGCACUGAAAACCCCGCAACUGUGGGCUGAAGCCGUCGCAGCUCCGAGUACCCAGCUCACAUUCAACAAGGCCAGGAUCGAAGUGCAGUGUCAACACCUGGAGGACAGCCGCAUCUCGUUCGCGGCUACCGCGAUAGAACUAUCGUCUCCGGCACCACUGCGCCUCAAGAUUCAUUUUCUGCCCGAUGCCCUAUCCCAGACACUCUCGUCGCACACCUCCCGACUCGUCGACUUGUUCGUUCGCCUCCAAAGUGCCGCGCAGCUUAACUCUCUGUGCGCAUUUCUUGCCAACGGCGUACCCAACCUCAACGUCCUCGGUAUUGCGUUUCCCGGAUAUUCAGGCAUGUACCAAGAGUGGCUGGCGCCAGACGACGACAUCGAUGAGGGCAACGACCAACAGAGGCUCUCCGAGGAACUCGUCAGUUGGAGCUCGGGUGUUCAAGGCCUGAUCGCAGACACUCCUCGUCUCCAGACGCUUCGAUGCGUUCCGAUCGACCUUGUGUCUCACUUCGCUUGCCCCACCGUGCGCGACAUGUGCAUCACUCCUGCGGUAUUUAACCCGCGUCACUUGGAGGGCUUCGUUCACGCACUGAAGAACACCCCGGAUCUCACGCGCCUCGAUCUGUGCAUGGUAAACGUGGGCUCCACGCUCAGGCCGGAAGAUGACGCUCCUGGGUGGACAGCCAGCCCUGUCGACCUUCCAGCGCUGCGGAUGUUGGUCGUCAACCUCAACGGCAACUUGAAGACGGCGGAGUACCUCGACCUCAUCGCCCUUCCGUCCUCCGUCGGCAUCAACAUCAUGCAAAGCGACCUUGGCCUUUCGGACCUGUUCCAUGACUUCCCUUCUCGUCGCACCCCGUUCAUCCCAUAUCGACUGCAGUCCGCAAACGCCGUGCACAUCUGCGAUUCUUACGACCGGUGGAAGACCCCCACCGUCGUCGUCUCAACGUCGAAGGACGACGAGGAGCUCGUCCGCUUCACCCUCACCUCUCAAUCGCACGGCAUGCCCUAUCUGCCCCCGUUCGAGCUCAUUGGCACCUUCCGCGGCACGGGCGCGCCCGUCACCCACCUCGUCCUCCACCAGAACUGGGCGAUCGAGCCCACGAACGGCCGACCGGACAUCUUCCGCGCGUUCCCGCACCUCACCUCGCUCGACCUUGCUGGCCCGCGUGUGCACCACGUCAUCGAGGCGCUCCAGCACCCGGACGUCGCGUUCGCGCUGAACUGCGGGCCCGGCGGGUCGGUGUCGCAGGAGGCGUGGACGGCGCUGCAGGAGCGGCCGGUGGGGUGGAGGGAGACGCGGGGGCUCCGGUUGGCGCGGCUGGAUUGGGAAGAUCGGGAGUGGGACACGACGUUGGGGCUGGAGUUCCCGCCGUCGGCGGUGGUUGGGACGUACGUGCCGAGCCCUGAGUUGUUCGAUCAGGAGGAGCUCGAGAAGUUGGUGGACGGGCCGGUCGUCUUUGGGGGGUUCACGUACCAGGAGACAGAUGAGUAG